GCACUCGCAAUCAUGUCUGACACAAAACAACAAAAAGCACUCUUCCUCCAGUCUCAGAAAGGCCAAUUCGCUGUUGGUUUGAACAGCAUCCCGAAGCCCGGGAAAGAUGAGGUCUUGAUCCAGGUUCACUCUGCAGCCCUCAAUCCUGUCGACUACAAAGUUCAGGAGCAUGGGAUUUUCGUCGAAAAAUACCCAGCAGUACUCGGUGAGGAUAUUGCUGGUAUCGUCGAAGAAGUAGGAGAAGGUGUCCGCAACUUCGUGAAAGGAGACAAAGUAUUCACCCAUGGCCAGUUUUCAAACGAUCAUUCUGCUUUUCAACAGUUCACACUCGGCGUUGCAGACUUCACUGCGAAGAUCCCGGGUAAUUUGGGAUAUAAUGAAGCAGCCACUAUUCCAUUGGCCUUCGACACUGCUUCAACUGGCCUGUAUAAUGAUAACAAGUACGGGUUAGGACUCACACCGCCUUGGGUAAAGAAUGGCAUUGGCAUGUACUCAGCGAGUCCAAUCGUCAUUCUUGGUGGAGCCUCAGCUGUCGGGUCUUACGCCAUUCAGCUGGCUCGUAUCUCUGGGUUUGGUCCUCUCAUUGUGACUGCGUCGCCCACCCAUGAGGCUUACCUGAAGUCGCUUGGCGCUACUCAUGUGUUCGACAGGCACCUUUCUGCUACCGCUCUCAAGGCUGAAGUCGACAAAUUCACCGGCGGCCACCUCAAGUACGUGUAUGACGCCAUCUCUCUCCCUCAGACACAGCAGAUUGGAUGGUCGCUCCUCAGUCCGAAAGGAAGGCUUGUUCUCACACUUCCGCCGUCAGUCAAAGAAGACGAAGGAAAGGGACGCACAGCUAUUAGGACAUUCGGAAGCCCACAUGCGGAGGAAAAUAAGCAGCUUUGCAAGGGGUCGUGGGCCAUUCUUUCGGAGUGGCUUGAGGCAGGGACCAUCGAGCCUAUCAGGUACGAAGUUCUCCCUAAUGGUCUUGAAGGAAUUAUCGAGGGGUUGGACCGACUGAAGAAAGGGCAAGUGAGCGGGAAAAAGCUGGUUGCCCAUCCGCAAGACACGAAGUGAGGCCAUCUUCACCUUCUAAACGAGAGAUUCUCUUCUGGUUUGUUAAAGCAUUCAUCACUGUAUUUUUACGGCAACAUCAGCAGUUCAUUAUCAUGUAUUUUAUUCAUAAAUUCUGAAGUACAAGCUAGGCUGGUCCUCUAGCCUGCUUUCCUACCACUGAGUUAGUAACCUUCUCUCGCCACAAUGGCCUGGACUCUGGA